GGUUUUCCUUGCACGACCUUAUGAGAUUCUCAUUCCAGAUUCCUGGCAUCGUUUGUACUUCAAUAGAUGGGAAAAAAAACAUAGGUCACCUUCAGUCCUAGAACGCUUCCGAUACCAGCAGUGCCUAGUGAAAGUUUGUUCGAGCUUCUGCGAAAUGGCUAUAAACACAGAGGGAAGGCCUCACAAGGACCCUGCUCUAGCUCGACGAAGCAUCACCGUAAUAGUUAUCUGCCUCAUCAACUUGGGAAACUUCUUUCCCAGGCCAAAGGAAUAUACAGAAUUGUGGCGGAAGUCACAAGAGGUCUGCUCUUCCACCUAACAUCGACUUGAGGGCUGCGUUGUGCUUAUUUUCUAGCCAGGUUUUCUCUUGUGACUGUUUGGAUGCGCACGGGUUCUUGGGGCUUCGAGAGGACGAACUCAUAGGACAUUUAGCAAAAGUCUUCCAAGAGUGUAGAAUGAAGGAUUCAAUCCGCCUUGUGAGGGGCCGCAGAGGAUGUGUCGACCGGUUUGCCGGGAUUCCGUUGAAAGAAAACGGGAUCUCGGUGGUGAAAAGCCACCCAAUCAAAGGGGGAAGACACUGGUGGAAAACGA